AUGAGUAUUCAAUGCCAUCCGAUUUGUAACCAUCCAUUACCACAAUUCGGCACAGUGAGGAUUAAAACCGAGUUCAAUAUGUGCGCUGGACCACCCGAAUUCAUUGUGAAUGUUAGGCAUGAUGUUCCUUCAACUUCAACCUUCAAGGCUCAAGUAAAUGGCGUGCAAGAGGUUCGACGUAUUGGUACCGAGCACUGGCCAUUGAAUCUGGAUGUGGAUUUCCAUCGAAUCAUUUCUCCCACAUCCGAUGAGUACUUUUUGCGGGCUUGCAUUGAAACGGUGAGAAUCGGUGACAGAGAGUGCUUCAUCAAUGAAACAUUUCGAGCAGCAGAUAUUCAAGAUUGUUCAGGGUCAAGACCCUCAUCAAUUCCAUUGGUUGUCUCCGGUGGACUUGUCUGUAUUUUCUUCGUCUCCGCCUUGAUCCUCUUAUCCGUUCUCAUUCAUCGUCUCUAUAAACGAGUCACAAAACAAUCCGAUGACAGAUUUUCGAGUAACAAGAGCGGAUCAAUGCGUAAACAGCAAGCAAACUCUCAACUUCUUCCCUCAUAUCAAAGCGGGAAAUUGUCGAUAGAAGACGAUCGUUUGACGGUGAUUGCAGAAGAAGGAGAAGAUGGAGAAGAAACGGAGAAUAAAGGAGGGUUCACAGCCAUUCAUAACACUCUACACAAUGAUCCAUCAAUGAUCGAUAAGUCAUGGAUGCCAUUGAUGUGCUCACCGAGAAGAGAUUCCUCAUCAAGUGGAUUCAGUGAGCCAACCGAUGGAGAAUUGGUGAUCCCCCCUCUGCUCCCUCCAUCGAUCCGUUCUCUUUCUUCAAAUCCCUCCUCACUCAUCGUCUCCAUUCAAUCAUCAAACCAAUCCCGAAUCCCCUUUCAAACAUUUCGUCCUUUAGCCAACCACGUU